GUUUUCGACACUCAUUGGUGACUCAAUCUGUCAAUCAACUGAGCAGCGUUUCAUGUCGUAGACAACAAGUGCACCAAUUGCGUCCCAGUGGGCGGGGUUUGACCGAUAAUCCAGGAUGUGAAUGUUUUGUUUAGUCCGUGCAACUGGCAAAGAUGUUUACAAUAAAUAUAUUCAGCAUUUUUAUUCUUAGUUGCAGCGACCAAGAAGAAAACAACUAGAUGAAAGCCACAGAUGUUUAUCUCUCGCUUUGUCUGCACUUUGCAUGAGCAGAGGGGAUUGAAUGGUCACUGAUUGCUGUCCUCGUUUGGGAUUGCAGCUUGGCCUGUCAGUGUACUGCUGUUACAAUCAUGUUUUUUUCAUAAAGAUGGCAACGAGGGGCACAUUAUAAACUAAAUGACUGUCAGAAACAUCGCCUCUAUCUGUAAUAUGGGCGCCAAUGCCUCUGCUCUGGAGAAAGACAUUGGUCCAGAGCAGUUCCCCAUUAAUGAACACUACUUUGGAUUGGUCAACUUCGGGAACACGUGCUACUGUAACUCAGUGUUGCAGGCUCUGUAUUUCUGCCGGCCAUUCAGGGAGAAUGUGUUGGCUUAUAAAGUCCAGCAGAAGAAGAAGGAGAACCUUCUCACCUGUCUGGCCGACCUCUUCCACAGCAUCACCACGCAGAAGAAGAAGGUGGGCGUGAUCCCUCCCAAGAAGUUCAUCUCACGUCUGCGGAAGGAGAAUGACCUGUUUGAUAACUACAUGCAGCAGGAUGCCCACGAGUUCCUGAACUACCUGCUGAACACGGUGGCUGACAUCCUGCAAGAGGAGAAGAAACAGGAAAAACAGAACGGACGACUAAAGAACAAUGGCACUGCCAUCGCCUCAGACACCGAGCCAGAACAGAACAAGGUCGAGCCCACUUGGGUUCACGAUAUCUUCCAGGGCACACUGACCAAUGAGACGCGCUGUCUCAACUGUGAGACGGUCAGUAGCAAGGAUGAAGACUUUUUGGAUUUGUCUGUAGAUGUUGAGCAGAACACUUCAAUAACACACUGUCUCAGGGACUUCAGUAAUACAGAGACCCUGUGCAGCGAGUAUAAAUACUACUGUGAGAUGUGCUGUAGCAAACAAGAGGCACAGAAACGUAUGCGUGUGAAGAAGCUGCCCAUGAUCCUGGCUCUUCAUCUGAAGCGCUUUAAGUACAUGGAGCAGCUGCAUCGCUACACUAAACUGAGCUAUCGUGUGGUCUUUCCACUGGAGCUCCGCCUCUUCAACACCUCCGUAGACGCUGUCAACCUCGACCGCAUGUAUGACCUCGUCGCUGUGGUGGUCCACUGUGGCAGUGGCCCAAACAGAGGGCAUUACAUCACCAUCGUGAAGAGUCAUGGCUUCUGGCUGCUGUUUGAUGACGACAUUGUUGAGAAAAUUGAUGCACAGGCAAUAGAGGAAUUCUACGGUUUGACAUCUGACAUUUCCAAGAACUCUGAGUCGGGAUACAUCCUGUUCUAUCAGUCCAGAGAAUGAAGGAGCAGAGGGGGAACAGAGGAGGAACGUGAGAAGAGAUCAAAAGGAAGGGUAUUUGUGAAGAUGACAUCCGCUAGAUUCCUUUUCCACAUCCCUCUACUUUUUCUCAUCUCAUACUCAGGGUCUCCAGCUGAGACUGAGUGCCAAAAGCCCUCUGUAAUCCCAUUUGCCAGUAUGACAUUUCCCAAUCUCAAUGCACUCUGCGGGGGGAAAUCACAUCUUCAAAUCUGACCCUCAAGUCAGUCACCUGCAUCUGGAAGGCACUUUAUAAACAACAAUAUCUAACACAAAAGUAAUACAACAACAAAAAAAUCACAACAUAUUCAACUACAAUACUUGUGAAAACUUGAAGGAAUCAAAAAGCUACAAAAGGAGCAAUGAGUCCAGGUAGUCUAGCCAGGGUCACUGCUUCUGUUCAUUCAACACCCAGGAAAGUGCCUCUCAUUCUGGGUAUCUGAAACCAGAAAGAGGGAUUCUCUCUCUCAAUCUCUGGCUCAAGGUCAGGGACCCAUUUUGGGUCACUUUAGAUGUUUCAUACUGUGAUGCCCACUCAUCAGUCCACCUUUGUAUGACUCUUACCCAGUAACUGGUUGAAUCCACACAUCCUAGUCCAGUCCUGGUCAUCAGAGGGACUGUAUGCACUGUGGGACAGUUUGUUGUGGAGUUUGGCAUGUUGUGGGAAUAGGAUUAUGAUUUUAAGCAGUAGUUCUGCACAAUGAAUCGAAUGCGAUUAAUCGCGAUUGUCAUGCACUUUUAGUGAGUAAAGCUGGUUCUGUGAUUAGUAGUAGAUCUCCAUCACCUGCUUUCAGAUGGAGUAGCAUUUAUUAAACAUAGCUCAGGAUCAUUUAGGAUUAAGAAAUCGACAAAAUCGUUCGCGAUUAUGACAACUGUUUGCGUAUCUUCUCCGCGAACUUCAACUUUGUGUAGUAAAUGCUGUUUCAUCUGAGAGUACGUGAAAAUACCACAUUUAAUAACAUGUUUUGACUCCGAACUCACUUCAAAACAUCAGUCGAGUGUUUGAAAUAAAUCCUUCUGUGAGAUGAUGUGGCUUCUAAGAAUAAUUAAGGCACACAAUAUAUUGUAUCCUAAGCAGUGAUAAAGGCUAUGUUGAUUAGCAUUUCAUUAUAGAUAUACUUUAUCAUGUUGAAAGUUAUAAUAAGAAGAACUCCGAUAAACCAUAUAUUGCCGUACUCAUGUGUUUAUUAGUCACGUUGAAUCAAUGAAAGCAGUUAAAUCUUCUGUUUAUUCAGCUAUAGCUAUAGGCAUUAGUGAUUUUCGGUUCUUUAACAAAUCAUUCUUUUUGAGCUGGUUUUCAGGAAGUAACCGGUUCACAAAUUGAACAGAAUCAAACUUUAGUUCCGAGUUGAUGACGCAGGACGCACAGCCGAAGUAGCACGUCCAACUAAAAAAAAAAACUGUUUGAGAUGGUUCAACCAACUGUUGAAGUUUGAGGGGGUUUCCGAAGAUUCUGAUGAGCAAGUUGACGAUAUUGUGCAAGCCUGAGGCACGCACUGGAAAUUAGCUUUUUAUGACUUAAUUUACAUUUGAUUAAAACCUACAAACCUUUCUUUCGAGUGAUGUAAAUAAAUUUUACAAUAGUUUAUUGUGCAUGGAUAUUAUAUUUAAAGUUCCUUAAGUGAAAAUCAAGGAGUUUAUGUUUAUCCAUUCUUUAUACUGUAGACAUGUAGAACAUAUCUGCGUUUGUGCAUCAAUGUCAUGUGUGCUGUAGGUGUGAAACUUUUAAGAAUCUUAUCCAAGUUGUAGGCUAGUCAGUCAAACACCAUUAACUUGAAUUAUAUGGCAAUAAUCAGCAAUAUGCUUUCACACAAAUAAUAAUAAUUUAAAAAAUUAUGUUUCAACAGGCCUAUGUGCUGACACAAAUGACUUGUUUGAAUUUUUCAUUGAUACAACAUGGCACAGAGUUAUUAGAAAAGAAACGCGUAAAGACGUUGCUUGAUGUCUUCAGGAACCUAUGAAUCUGCUGUUUUAACCAGUUCAAUGAGCCGAUCUGUCUGAAAAGAACCGGUUCAUGGAAACGAAUCGGGCUUUGCAUCACUUUAGGCAUUUCCUGGGUACGCAUGACAAUCGCAGUUUCUGCCUAAUCGCGAUUUAUUGCCUUUGCGAUUUAAUUUCGAUUAAUUGUGCAGCCCUACUGAGUGUUCUGUUACACAAUUGAGUGUGUGUGUGUGUCUGUGUGUGUGUCUGCAUUUAGUCAUGCAGGCAGCUGCUGUGAAGUGACUUUGCUUUUCAUCCAGAAAUAGUUGCAGCCUUGUUACCUAGAGAGUUUUCAAAAGUUGUCCUAUUGAAUUCUUUGCUCCCUUCGAGUAACAAAGAAAAAGGGCAGAACUGCAAGGCUGAAAUGCUGCUUUUGUAUCCCUUAUCUAACACUGUUGUUACCUAACUUCCAUUGUAGGUAAUGGCCUUACUUACUUAGUUACAAGUGUUAACAACCUUGCAGUCUUGUAGUCUUGUUGUUAGGAUCACCAAAAUUUGCCGGCCCUUACUGACUUCAUCCCACAAAGCAUUCUGCUUCUGUCUCACCUUUACGUCCUGCUUUACUUCCUCCAGUUGGCUUGAAUACAUAUUUUUCUCUCCUAAAUAGACGUUGUAACUUGGUCCGUUUUUUACAAAGUAAAAUGAUGUGGCGUUUCAUUGUAUUAUUACUUUGAGGAGUAGUUCACCCACAAAUUAAAAUUUAAUGAAAAUUUACUCACCCUUAGGCCAUCCAAGAUGUGGAUGUGUUUGUUUCCUCAUCAGAACAUAUUUUGGAAAAAUAGUAUCAUUAGUCUAUAUCACUUGCUCACAAAUGGAUCCUCUGCAGUGAAUGGGUGCCGUCAGAAUGAGAGUCCAAACAGCAAAUAAAAACUUCACAAUAGUAAGUAAUUCACAUGACUCCAGUUAACAGCUUGUGAAGUGUAAAGAUGUGAUUUGUAAAAAAAAAGAAAAUCCAUCAUUAAAAUUUCUAAACAUUGCUUCCGGCUAGAAUACAAUGUGCAUAUUUGCUUUAUCGAGUAAAAAAAAAUUGUCUGGUCUGAAUCAGGAGAGAAAUAUGAAUGGGUCAAGCUCAAGACCAUUUACAAGUCAGUGCAAUUGUAAGCAAAUAUGUCGGUGAAUUUUGAUGUUGCAGGACAACGGGAUGGAAGCGUUAUUAUGAAAUAUACACUCGUAUUUUAGCUGGAAGAAACAGUCCGAGUUUAAAACAUCAAUGAAUUUAUUACCAACCUGCAGCUUUUAGCUAGACAACUGCAGUCAUGUGGAUUUCUUGUGGAUCAUUGUUUUCAUCAGCUACAUGGACUCUCAUUUGUUUUGAUGAAGAAACAAGCUCAAACAUUUUUCAGAUUGCCUGAGGGUGAGUACAAAUGUUCAUCGUUGGGUGAACUAUUCCUUUAGUACAUGAAAGUCUUGAACAUGCGAGUCAGUGGUAGGAGAAACCUGAAAUGCACCAGUCUUGAGAUUACUGCAAUGCGGUCAGUAAAGUUUAGGUUUAGGGCUCAUUAUAGUAUCUGAUAGGUUUUCGCUCUUACGAUAAGAACAUGCACACAAUUGCUUUGAUAUGAUGUGAGCGGCUUUUAUCUGAGAGGGCUUUCACUGUUUAAUGUACGUUGUACAGUCAGGAAAGUAUCUGACUUUAGAUAAAUGGGGAGCUUCAUAGAAGACAGUACGAACAGAAUGUUAAUUUUAACAUUUAAUUUUGUGUAUAAAUGGGAGAGACUGAAAGGAAACAAAGUGCAAUACAGGGACAAGAUAAACAUUCCAUGGUCAUUUUACACCAAUUUUUUUUUUUUUUUUUUUUUUUAAAGAAACAACUGAUAGGUACUCCUGUUUAUUUAGUGUAUGCAUUUAUUUUAUGUUUUUAGUUAAGGCAAAUGUUUAAUUUACCAUUUUAUUCUCUCAGAAAUAAUGUGUUACUCUGAGUAAAAAUAGCCCACAACUGAAAUAAAUGAUUUAUGUAUUUGCCUUUUUUGUCCGUUCACAGCACAACAGUAUAGAGUUGAUUUUAAGCUGUUGAUUGAUCCAUUCUCGGCUUGUGGUACCUGUAUCUUCACACUCCUCAACCAACAUCAUAAUGUGUAAUUGUAUGUUACAGCCAGACUACAUGCAAUAUAGAUGUAUGAACACUGUGUAACAACACGAUGUGGGAUUGACUAUGCAGCGUUUGUGUUCGUCCUGUUGUUUCCUGAGGCUUGACAGAUGCUGACUGAUUAUUUGGACAGUUGUUCUUUCAUUUGCAGUUUCCCAGUGAUGCCAGCAAAGUGUUGUUUCUCAAAAAGAGGAGCAAAUGUGGUUGUAUGAAGAUGUUUUGUUGGUACUAAGACCACGUUUCUCUUCUUUCAUUCGUGAUCAAAGUGAACAGAAAUGUGCCAAAAUUGCGGUGGGAAACCUGCAGUCCUUCGAACUGGAAAAUGAAAUGGAUAUUUCUGUGUCAUGAAACUGUACAUAAAUAUUAUGUAGACAUUGGUUAGAAAUAUAUUCUAUUUUUAAAACACUAGACGAUUCUAUUAAAAUUGACCCAAGGGGAGGGAAAGACAUGGUCGCUCAUGAAGAAAUUAAGAGCUAGUAUGAUUUCAGUCAGGUUUCUUACGGUGACCUGGAUGAUUUAGAAGUUUGUUCUGUAGAGUAGCCUAAACUAAAAGUACUGUAACUGCUUAACACUGUGGAUUGAAUCUCCACACACACAUACAUGAACAUCUGGAUUUGUUGAAAACCAAUUAUCAGUCACACACCUUAUAUGCAAAAAAAACACACCUGUUUGUUUUGUCCUCUUUUAUUGUGUGUAUUUUCUUUAGGUCCAGAAAAGAGAUGUACAAUGUGUGUGUUUGUGUGUCUGAGAAAGAAAUACCAGGACUCAAACUCUAAUGGAAAGUGUGAUAACUGUAAGUGCACUUUAUCAUAGCAGAACCAAAAAGGUUUCUCGUAGGAACUGGAAUCCUGACUGAGAUUCUUUUGGUUUAUUUUCCUUUCCUCAAUAAAUGAAACACAACUUUA